AUGGAAAACGUUAUAAGCGCCAUACUGACGAUAUCAAAGAAUAAGAAAGCGGGCUCAGGUUAUGCAAGCGAUUAUGAUAUGAGCAGUAUAUUAAGAGAAGAUAAUUUUCCGAAUCCAAGAACACUUGUUGUCUCAAACAUUAACUAUGGAUCGUGCAAAAAAGUAGGUUCUAAGAGUCUCAACGAAACAUUUGACAUGAUCGCAAAAGUCUCCGAUUUCCACGAGCAUAUUGAUGGAAACAGGAGAUAUGGCAAUAAAAGUAAACAUGGCACUAUUACUAUGGCAGAUUUUACACGAAGAAAUGGAACUGGUGGCGAGAGCAUUUAUGGUGGGACCUUUAACGAUGAAAACUUCCGUCGCAAGCAUGAUACCGAAGGACUGUUAUCCAUGGCUAAUCGUGGGCCCAAUACCAACAGCUCACAGUUUUUUAUAACUGUUCGGCCAACACCGCAUUUAGAUGGUAAACAUGUAGUUUUCGGACGCAUUGUCAGUGGUUACGACGUUGUGAAAGCGAUUGAAAGUACGCCUGUAGAUGACAACGAUCGGCCUAUUGGAAUUAUCAUGAUUGCUCAAUGUGGUGAACUAGAGUUGAAACUACCGCCUAAUUACAGAGAAGAUGGGCCUGACUCUUCCGAAUCCGAGGCUGGCAAAAAGAGAAAAAGGAGAAAAAAGAAGAGAAGAAAGCGGUCAUUAUCUGAUACAGAUUCAACAUCUGAGAGCGAUCGUAGCACAAGUCCAGAAUAUAAAGAGAAGACGCGAGGGCGUAGUAGAUCAUUGAGUAAAGAACGAUUAGCUGUUGGUGCUAGCACAAGACCAGUUAGUGGUGACAAUAGACGAAGCAAAUCCCGGUUGGAAACGCAGUCGCCUCGUAAAUCUCGUUCGAGAGGGUUUUCUAUCUCCCCAGGUGAUCCCCGGUCGCAAAGUCGCUCUAGAUCGCCGCCUGCAUUGAGGGAUCGCUCGAAAUCGCCUAGGGGACGAUCACGAUCGCUGACUCGACGCGAUAUAUCAAAAUCUUCGCGUAGUUCUCGAUCGUCUUCUCGGUCGCGGUCACCUCAACGGCCAUAUCCAUCAAAAUCAUAUUCGUCACGGGUGGAGUCGGUUUCGAGAUCGCGUUCUAGGCAUCGUUCGCGAUCGGGAAGUAGAACUCCUCCGAGAAGACGUUCGAGCUACAAAUUGUUAGACAGUUAUCGACCUUCACAAAGUUAUGUUCCGCAUUACCGUGACGACAGACGGGUUAGGGAUAGAGAUUAUGACCGCGAUCGCCGAAAAAGUUAUAACGAUCGUGAUAUUGAUCAUCAGAAUAAUGGACGAGAUAAUGGAACACGCUCUAGCACUCAAAGAGAAAAUGAGCGAGUGAGUUCUAGCGACAGUAGCGACAGAGAGGAGCGUCGGAACAGAGAAGAUCGUGACUCUGAAAGACACACGCAAGAGGGUGACCAGGAUUAUAGGGAUCGAGGACGUAGAUAUAACAAUAAUGAUGACGAUGACAACAAGAAAGGAAGGGAAUAUGACCGAAAACGAUCGAUGUCUAGGUCACCUCCGGUUAAGUACAAAGGCCGCGGAAGAAUGAAAUAUUUUCAGUCGCUUGCCUCUUAG